AUGACCACUGAGAUUGACCCUGUCCUCCUCGCGCCCGAGCCGCCAUCUACCCUCGAUUUUGAGGUCAAGCCCCAGCCUGCUCCCGAGUUCAACAAUCUCGACCCAAUGCCCAAGUUCAGCGAAACGCCUUUUGCGCCCUGGGCGGCCCAGCCUAUCGCUCCUCCACUGCCUUCCGCAAGAGCACUUGCCCCACCCGAUUUUCAACAGCAGUUCGUGGAUCGCUGCUUGUACUCAGGCCGAAACGUCUUGGAUGAGGGAGCUCUUGCGUUCUCGGCCCCUGGUAUCCCCGAUGGCACCGAUUUGAUGUUCAAAGCCAAUGGUGCCGCGCUUGGUGGUUUGGCGUUCACCCCUUUGCUCCAACCACCAGCUCCUCAGCCCGACUACUUUGGCCACCUUCUCGGACAUCCUAUGAACCCUGCGUUGUACGAAGACGAUAGUGUUGUCUCUGCUGAGGAGGAAACUAACGAGCUUGCGCCGAAGGAGAAUACUGAUGACGCUUUGGAACCUGUAAUUGCUAAUGACGAGGUAGAGGAGUCCCCAGUUGGUAAGGUCAAGCAGGACAAACCUACUGACCCGAAGAGUGUUCCCACUACGGAUGACGAGAGCUCGGAUGAUUCUGGCGAUGACGACUUCGAUUACUUUGGACACAUCAUGGGCCACCCAAUGAACCUAGGAAAUGGCCGGAAGAAGACUCCAAGGUCGAGGAAGAAGAAAGCAAGGAAGGCUAAGUCAGAGAAGACCGAGCCAGACGAGGCGCAGGUCUCUGUCCUGAACUUGUUCUUGGGUGGCGUUGAGGUAUGUGAUCGUGAUGAGAACAUAUCGCACUUCACUAAAAACGAAGACGACUCGAGCAUGGAGAUGUCAAAGGACGAGUCUUCAUUAGUUGCCGCUGGUGAUCAUGAGGCUCAGGCUAACGGGGGCCCUCCUUGUGAAGAAGAGCAGCAGAUCGACCAGUUCGUGUUCGAGGAUAGUUCUAUCAAGAACGUGUCGGCCUUAAUUGAAGAAUCCAAGGACGAUGUACCUGAAUGUGCUCCAAAGAUUUCCGAGGAGGAAAGAGCUGCGCCGGUCGAACUCAACGCUGAACCCGAGAAGACUGGUUCCAAGAAGGUCAAGAUAGCGUCCCCUGAGCCGCAAGUGUCCAAGCCGGUUGUCGAAGCACGCUCUUCCGAGCCAGCAGUCAAGGCUCCUGAGGAGCCCAAGACGGUUGCCAAGGUCGUUGCCGAGCCGUCGCUAAAGCGAUUUGAUGCUCCUACUCGAAAACUAAACGCUGAGAAGACGAAAGAUGUGGUUGCCGAGGAGAACGACAUAUCGGACAAAAUUCGGAGCGUCCCUGUUGCUCCUAAGAAGACAUCCUUCUUUGGGAGGUUGUGCGGCAGCAAGAAAUAACUGUGGAGACGGCGUCGAUCAACUGCUUCUGCGGAUGGGUCAACUGCUGGGGCUUUGCUUUGUCACUUCAUAUCAUCUAUCGAGACUGUGAUCUUGGUUAUUGCAUGUUAGCAUGAGUCGGAGUACACUAUUUCUCCUAAUUAGAUGUUCAGAAGGGUUCUUGGCGGGCUUGCUAUGUAAGCUGUGGCGCGCAAUGCGUCAUGGCUACGAGGUUGAGCACGCUCUAAUCUAUCAUAGGUAGAAACUCUCCUAUUGGACUCCGGCAUCCCUUACUGCUUUGUGAUAUCUCAUGUCUUACUAACAUUGCUGGGUCCGGUAUAGCUGGUGGAUCCCGUAAGGAAUGCUUCGUC